UCUUUACUUAGAUCUGAUAUAAGUGUCAUCUUAGUGAGUUUCAGCAUGAAGUUGGCAAUUUUAUCUUGUCUUGCUGCUUUGGUAUUUAACGUAGUAGCAGAUGAAGAAAAAGUGAAUUUAUGUGGACCAGAGCUAGCCAGAGCAAGGGUUUUGCUAUGCUUUGGAGCCGAAUAUGUUCUCAAGAGGAGUUCAUCUCCGUCGUUUGAACUAAAAGAGUACGACGAUCCAAAAUCUGAUGAACCGGCGUGGUUAUGGAGCGGCAGGCAUGGCGUCCACGCCGUACGGUGGGCCAAAACCAAGCGCGGCCUAGUCGACGACUGCUGCCUCAAUCCUUGUACAACAGAUGUCAUACUUAGUUACUGUUAAACUGUAAUGUCUCAGUAAUGAAGCUGUGUCUUUUAUUGAGGGCUAUGAUUAUCAUAAAUUGUAAAUGUAACAUAUUAUUAGAACAAUUAAGAUGCUAUGUUUAAUAGUGCUUUAACCUGCUUUUAAGCUAUGUACUAAAAACACAAAUAUAUUUUUUAUUUGACUUGAGUGUAAAGCAUGUAAGAAAAUAAUUAUGACUUCCACAAUUAAACGUUAUUCACAAAAAGUUAUUUCAAUUUAAUUAUUAAAAUUGGGAUGACUUGUCUUAACAAUACAGAACAAUAGGUAUCUAUCUAUUAACCUUGUCUCUUAUACGUAGACAAUCCGAUUCAAUUUUAUUACAUUGUUUUAUUUAAUUUAUUUUUUAUGUAAUGUUUAUCACCACAUUAUCCCCUAUAAUCUAUGCAUUACUUUUAAGAUCUUAGACAAACAUAAUAUUGGUAUGUUUCUUUGAUAUGUGUGUCGUUUUCACUAUUGUACAUUUUUUUAACUAUCUUUAACUAUAAUUUAAUUUAAUCAUAUUCUAAUUAUUUUUAAAGUAAUAAUGAAAAAUGUAAUAUCAGUAUUCAAUUAUAAUUGUAAGCCUCAUUCAAUAUUUAUUUGAU